CCGGUUUAAGUUGUAAACAUGGAGGAACUGAGUAAGCAGUGAGGAAUUACAGUGUGAUUGAACCGCUCAAAACUUGACCCAUUUAAUAUCAAACUUAAACAUCUUGCCAGGAUGCCAAUACAGGAGAAUGAGGAUCAUGAUGCAGUGCGCAUGAAAGUUGGAUAUAAUGGAGACAUUCUCAUCACAAGUAUCGGACCAGACAUAGCCUAUGCAGAUUUCUGUCUGGAGAUAAAAGACAUAUGUAAAUUUGAUGAUCAGCAACCAUUUACAGUCAAAUGGCUGGAUGAAGAAGGUGAUCCCUGUACCAUAUCCUCCCAGGUAGAGCUGAAUGAGGCUAUUCGCCUAUACGAUCUGAACAAAGACUCAGAACUGACCCUCCAUGUCUUUCCUAACGUACCGGAGAGACCGGGGAUGCCAUGCAGAGGAGAAGACAGAAAUAUGUACAGAAAAGGUGCAAGAAGAUGGAGAAAAUUGUAUAGGAUUAAUGGACAUCUCUUUCAAGCAAAACGUUUCUCCAAGAAAGCUUUCUGCUCCUUUUGCUCUGACAGAAUCUGGGGAUUAGGACGUCAAGGGUUUAAGUGCAUUCAGUGUAAAAUAGCUGUCCAUAAGAGAUGUCAUAAGUACCUGAAGGUUGUGUGUGGAGCCCCAGUUAUUACUGGAGCUAAACCUGAACCAAGAGAGGAUGUCAAACGGAAUUUACCAGAACUUCAGAAUCUGUCAAUGAAAGAGCCUAAUGGCCACCCAACACUUUCAGAGAAUGGAACUUCAAUAGAAAUUGGAGGGAAGGAGUUGACAGAAGAGAGUGAAGUUGAUACAGAGGCCCAGCCUGCAGUACAGACAACAAAUGGAACAGACUCGCAGCAAGUGACUCUUGAUCAGUUUGAACUUCUGAGAGUUAUCGGUCGUGGAAGUUACGCAAAAGUCCUGAUGGUAGAACAGAAACGUACAAAACGUGUCUACGCAAUGAAAGUCAUCAAGAAGGAACUUGUCAAUGAGGAUGAGGAUAUAGACUGGGUGCAGACAGAGAAGCAUGUUUUUGAGACAGCCACCAAUUACCCAUUCCUUGUGGGCCUUCAUUCCUGUUUCCAAACUCCCAGCAGAUUGUUUUUUGUAAUUGAGUUUGUGAGUGGAGGAGACCUUAUGUUUCACAUGCAGAGACAGAGGAAGUUACAUGAGGAGCAUGCUCGGUUCUACUCUGCCGAAAUCUGCUUAGCUCUUAAUUUCCUUCAUGAAAGAGGCAUUGUAUACAGAGAUCUGAAGCUGGACAAUGUGUUGCUGGACCAUGAGGGACAUGUGAAACUGACAGAUUAUGGCAUGUGUAAGGAUGGAUUGCGACCAGGUGACACUACAUCAACAUUUUGUGGAACGCCUAAUUAUAUAGCACCAGAAAUUUUACAAGGACAUGAUUAUGAUUUUAGUGUUGAUUGGUGGGCAUUAGGGGUACUGAUGUUUGAGAUGUUGGCUGGGAGGUCACCGUUUGAUGUGGUGGGCGGGGCUGAAAACCCUGACCAAAACUCCGAGGAUUACCUAUUCCAGAUUAUCCUGGAGAAAACUAUCAGAAUCCCCCGCUCACUUUCUGUAAAAGCAGCAUCCAUCCUCAAAGGAUUCCUUAACAAGAACCCAACAGAGAGACUUGGAUGCCAUCAUGAGACAGGUUUCAAUGACAUCCAGUCCCACCCUUUCUUCAGAGCCGUUCAAUGGCAUGAGCUGGAACAGAAGUUAGUCACUCCACCAUACAAGCCAAACCUGAAAUCUGAUCGAGAUCUAGAACACUUUGACCCUGCUUUCACAGAUGAACCAGUUCAGCUAACACCAGAUGAUCCGAAAGUGAUUGAUAAGAUAGAGCAGUCUGAGUUUGAUGGUUUUGAGUAUGUGAACCCCCUGUUGAUGUCACUCGAGGACUGUGUAUAGCAGAGUCAUUAGCCACACCCAUGAAUCAGGGUGACAGGUGCUUUGUAUCAAGAGCCGGGAACCAGACAAUCUUCUUCAUGUACCUCAACCUUGUUGGAAGGAAUGGUGAGAAAAUGGCAUAGAUCAGGGUUGUGAAGAGUAAAUCACUGAUUGUGGAUAUUGAUGCUAAUCAUUUUGUGAUAUAUGUUUACAGAAAAAAAAACUAUUUGCAACUGUACAUUUGAAUAUUUUACCAAAAGAUUCAGUAUCUUAUAAGGACACUGGUUUUUGCUUAUUUCUUGUCUUUAAGUGUUUUUUUGGUGAAUUGUUUGUUUAUAGAAGUCAUUGAGAUUGUAAUAUUCUUUGUUAUUUAACUGUGGAGGAUAGAGAAACAGAUACGCUGUAUGUAUAUACUUUUAUGUUUGUAGAUGCAAUGUAUUUUCUUUGAUAAGAGACCCAUGUUGUGAAUUGGGUGGAAAUUUUUUUUUUUUUUGCAAUAUUUCUCUGUAUCAUUUUUGUACAACGAAUGAGGUUAAUUGUCUACUGAAGCAGAGCAUUACUACUACUGUAAAUAUAUAUGUACAUUUCUAAUCAGAUCAUUAUCUAUAGAUCUUAAAAGUAGACUCAUUUUUUCCUUCACAAUAUCGUUUUUGUCACAAUCAGAGUGUGUCAAAAUCAUAGUGUGUGAAAGGGGGGAGGGGAUUAAUAGAUCUGAUAUUAUAAUAAUUGAAUCAUGUCUUUUUCAUUAUUUUUGAUCUUGUGAAUUCACACUUUUCACCACCUACAACUAUGGUGAAAAUACAUAAUUAUUGUAUUUAACAAUGUAUGAAAAGAUAAAUUUCUUUGUAAAGAGAAGCAGUAUUGUAUAUUGUUUAUUUACCAAUGUACAGUGUAUUUGUGAAUGUUUAUUUGUUCAAGUUGUUUGAUUUCAAUUUUUGAAGACCAAGUGCAAUGUGAUUAUUUAUGUUAGUCAUAAGAAGUGCUGCAUUAUUGUUUGAGUGAUGCUAUAACAGCUUUUUUUUUUUUUUUUUUUUUUUUUUUUUUUUUUUUUUUUUUUUUUUAAAAAAAACAAUGGAUUUCUGUUUGACUACAUUACAACAAUGCCACUUUGAUUUUUUUUUUUAUUUAUUUAACCUUUUUUUCUGCUGUUUCCUAAACUUGAUCAAGGCAGAUUUUGGGAAGGAAUAAUAUUAUUUAAAUUUUCAUUUUCGUUAACUUUCUUUUUAAUUGUCUAAACUGUUAAUCUCACAUUUGAGAGAAAGCACAAGAUCUACUAAGAUAUAAAUUUCAUUGUUACAUAUCAACUUAAUAUUAUGUCCAAUAGUUAAUUGUUUACAGUAUAUCAACUUAACAUUAUGUCCAAUAGUCAAUUGUUUACAGUAUAUCAACUCAACAUUAUGUCCAAUAGUUAAUUGUUUACAGUAUAUCAACUCAACAUUAUGUCCAAUAGUCAGUUGUUUACAGUAUAUCAACUUAAUAUUAUGUCCAAUAGCUAUAGGAAAUACUGUAGGUCAUAUUUUAUGUACAUGUAAUAUUGGGUCAAGUCAUUAAUACUAAAUCAAAAUCUGUAAAAUAACAUCUACAGUAUACAAUUAUUAUUAUUAUCACUAUUAUUGUCUUCCAUUGAAAAAACCUGUGGAUUUUUUAAGGGAGUUUAUUUAAUUUUAUACAUGUACUGCCUAUCCAACCUAUAUUUAACAGUCAUUUAAUUAUUUAUGUAUGUAAUUAAUGAAUUGUUCAUACAGUGAUUUGACUGUGUUUUACUCGAUUUUUUUUUUUUUUAAAUAAUUUAUAUUUUUUGUACAGAACAUAUCCAACAUUACGCAUUGAGUGUACAAUUUAAAAUACUUGCGGUUUAAUGAUUUAAGGAUAGAUGUGAUGACUUAAAGCUCUUUUUGUCCAUUAAAUUGCAACCAUUGGAACAAAUUUUUCCAUCAAAGAUUCAUUGAUGAUCUUUUAAUGUACAAACUAGGUUAUUUACAUACUGUUUGAUUAGUUUUGUUUAAAAUGACCAACUUUUUACAAAUUGGACUCGCAAAGGCAUUCCAAAUAAGUUUUGCUUUACUUUGAUUUGUAUGUUAUUUUUGUGCAAAGUUACAAUUGGUUGUGAUAUUCCAAGUUUCAAAAUACAUUGUACAUUGUGUGUGUUUUGUCCUUCUGUUUUCAAACAAUAAAUCAUUUAUGACCAGGA